GCGCCUCCUGAUGACUGCGAACCGACAGAUAGCUCAAGUAGCACAACAAACACUGCUUCCACUACUUCAUCUGGACCCCCAGGCGGUCAGUUCUCAACUACGUCUACUACCGGUAGCAUGUCGUCCACCACGGCUUCCACCACUCCUAGUGGAACUUCAUCUAUCACUUCCACCACUUCUGGACCUCCGGGAGGCGAGUUCAUAACGUCAUCCACCACCGGGGUCUCUUCCACGACUGCCCCUCCCGAUACAGAUGACUGCGAACCGACAGAUAGUUCAAGCAGCACAACAAACACUGCUUCCACUACUUCUUCUGGACCCCCAGGCGGUCAGUUCUCAACAACAUCUACUACCGAUAGCAUGUCGUCCACUACUUCCACCUCGACCGGUGGUAUCUCAUCCACCACCGCUUCCACCACUUCUUCUGGACCUCCAGGAGGUCAGUUUUCGACGUCGUCCACCUCCACCACUGGGGUCUCUUCCACGACUGCGACUCCUGGUCCGGAUGACUGCGAACCGACAGAUGGAUCAAGCACCACAUCAAACACUGUGAGCUCCACCUCGACUAACACUGCUUCGACUACUUCUUCUGGGCCGCCAGGUGGUGAGUUCUUGACGUCGUCCACCUCAACUGGUGGCAUUUCAUCCACCACUGCGUCAACCACUUCCUCUGGACCACCAGGAGGCCAGUUCUUGACGUCUUCCACCACCGGAGUUACCUCCACAACUGCGUAUCCUGGUCCGGAUGACUGCGAACCGACAGAUGGUUCAAGCAGCACAUCAAACACUGCUUCCACCACUUCCUCUGGACCACCAGGCGGUCAGUUCCUGACAUCGUCCACUACCGCAACAUCAAGCUCUACCUCCUCAAACACAGCUUCAACCACGUCAAAUCCCCUCACGUCAAGUACCAAUACUCCCAGCACCGCUACCGCUACGCCCACUGGCGAUGACUGCGAACCCACGGACAGCAGCUCCACCACCGCCACCUCCACCACGUCCUUCACAAUCCCUGGAGGAGCCUUCAAUGAUCAUGUCUCAUCCACCACCACCAGCAGCACCUCUGCCACUGUCCCUGCCAAUCCCCAGACCACCACCUCCACUCGCAGCGUCCCCACAACAUUCACAACCCUUGCUCGGCCGCCUAUCACUGUUCCGUACGGGCCUCCUGGCGACGGUGGCGACGAUGACUGCUGAAGCGAGAAAUGAAUACAUUACGUUUUAUUUUACAUACAGUACAGCAUGGGUAUAGGGGGACUUGGGAAGAAGGUUUGCGGGAUAGAGAUAUGAGAAAUGCUUGAGGAUGAAUGGAGGGAGCAUGGUGGGUGAAUAUUACGGAUAGGACGAGCCAAAUACGGAGGAU